AUGGUCGGCAUGGAUAUCAAGGACUGGCUAUGUCUCAAAUUAUGCGGUUGAAAAUGUUUCAUUUUAUUCGAGGAAGCAAGUUCUACAAUGAGGAGAGCUCAACACAAAUCAGAAAAUUAAGAGGUUUGCUAGGUUUUAUAGUUCAUUACAGAAGAUUUGUGAAGACAAGCAAACUCUAAGCCACUCAGCGACUUAAUGAAGAGAGAGAUUCAUUUCAAUUGUCUGAAAUGAUUAAUGCUCCAUUGAGAACUAAGAAAAGGCUAAGAAAUGCUUUUAAUGUUUGAUUGUUGAAACAAAAAUCUUCAGGAAUCAACUACAGGAGGGAGGAGGGGGCUGUUACUCUAAUCUAACAAGGACAGGCUAUAACAUUUCUUGGUAAAAAAAUCUCUCCCAUGCAUGAAAAUCUCUUAGUUUCUUUGGAACAAGAAACGUUUACUAUCCGCAUGAUCACUAUAGCUUCAAAUUUCCUUGAAACAACGGGUACUCUUAGUCAGAUCGGUUUAGUAGACAAGUUGAUAGACAACUUAUUGGUCUUGUAAAUGGAAUUGCAAAAAAUGAAAACUCGUAUUACGGCCGAUUUUGAUCCUGAAUCCGUGCCUUUUCAAAGAAAGCAUUGCUUCAUCUGUUUUCAUUUUUCAUCAAUUUUAUAAGGUUAUAUGUUUUCGAUUUAUCUAUAGUCUCAACUUAUUCUAGGUGCUUUUCAUGAUGCCUUAUGCAAACUCGGUAUGCAUUUCUCAUAUCAAACAGCACGUAAAAUCCCAACUCAAGGAAUUCCUCUUCUGAUUCUAUCUAUUCUGUUUAUGAGGAAAUUGAUGCUGUGGUCAAUGUUAUUCCUGCAUUCAUUGUCGUUUGCCACUUAAAGUGCAUUUGCGCUCAAAGAAUAAGUUACCUAACUUGGUUCUUUUUUGCAAAAGUCAAUGGGGGCGCUUAUUGUUUCUUGAUUUGUUCCAUCAUACUAACUUGUUUUCCGUCAGGACGGGCAAGAUCCUGAGGAUUCGAAACAAAGUACCGCCGACAUGACCGUCUUUGUAAGUUUUCUAGUCUACCCAUAGCGUUGACUUACAAAAUCAUCAUUGAACUGCUCGUUCCCCUUCGCUUGGGCCGACGUUUUACCCAUGGCGUUCUGAUGCCUGCGUCAUUUCCUCCUCCCCUCCAGGUGCAAAACCUCCUGUUGCAGAUGGUGAGCUUCUGUCUUACACAGGAGAGCAUUUAAAGCUCGGAUAUAUCUGAAAAAAUCCUGAUUUUUUCUGUGAAUUUGCUCUGCUCUGCUCUUCCUUCAGCAAAACAGGUUUCAGGCGAUGUCCGAGUCAAUCAUCUCCAAGAAUAUCCUUUUUCUCAUAGAAGCUUUGCCUUUAUUUGCCCAUCAAUUUUCAUCACCCACCCGGCAAAGAUCAACAGCUACCUCCUGCUUCUCCUUGACCCCCUCCCCUUCCUGCACUCGACGAGAUGGGAACCAGAAUAGACGAGCUGGAGCAGAGCAUCAACGACCUGAAAGCCGAGAUGGGGACCGAUGGCAGCUCUGCCGUCAAGUCAGAGGAGACCAAACCCAGUCCGGAAUCCAAGUGA